AUGCGCAUGAAGGACAGCCGCCCCCCCAAGCGCAUGCUGUUAGGAGCGAUGGCGGGGGGCGUGGGAUACCGGGGCGGGCAGGAGAGCGACUGGGUGUCUCGUCUAGGAGAGGACCUCGUGGCCUUCAACAUGGGAGACGAAAAGGAAGGGGGUAAAUGGAAAGAGAGCGCCAAGGAUCCGGAGGUGUGGUACAACAAGGUCGAGGACGGGGCGGCAUGGUUCAUGAGGAAAUGACACAGGCAGGAGGCG